AUGAAGGAUUUGGGCCUAUUGCAGUAUUUUCUUGGCAAUGAGGUAACUUCUUCUCCCAAUGGCUACUUUCUGUCUCAGGCCAAGUAUGCCAACGAGAUUAUUCAUCGUGCCGAUCCUACUUUAUAUCGAGAGCUUGUAGUUUGCUUAGUCUAUCUGAUGGUUACUCGCCCUGAUCUUGCCUAUGUUGUCCAUGUGGUUAGUCAAUUUGUUUCUGCUCCUCGUUCUACACAGUGGGCUGCUUUAAUUCAGAUUCUUCGCUAUCUUCGUGGUACUACCUUUCAAGGCUUGCUCUUAUCUUCUACUUCUUCCUUGGACUUGGUGACCUAUGCUAUACUGAUUGGGCUGGUGAUGUUAAUGAUCGCAAGUCCACUUCUGGUUUCUCUAUGUUUCUUGGCAAUUCCCUGA